UAAAGGGGAAAAGGCGUUAUCUUCCGCAUUAAUACCCGCUGCAGGGUAUAUGGGCAGUGUAAUGUCAGCGUGUCACUUGUAAUGUAUAGGACGUGAUGCAAGACCUCCUUCAAAAAUACCAAGUUGACUCUGGUACAUGUUGAAAUUUACAUUUAUAACCGAGACAAAAAAGAGGAAAUGAGUCUUUCCGUACUCGCCCCUUCUGCUUUUGGGACUUUGAUUCUCUAGUAUCGGUGGAGGACACAAAAAGGUAAGAUGAAGGACCGACUGACUGAGCUGCAGGCCUUUACGCCUGCAGAGCAGGAGUACAAGCCCACGGAGAACGAGAGACUCGCCGGUGAGGAUGAGGAGCCUCUCGAGCAACACGCCAUUGUGUUUGAGGGUGAGGACAUGAUGGAUGGCAUCUACAAGGAUGCCCAAGCGAUGAGGAAGGAGAUCCAGUUGCUCAGAAUGGAUGUGAAACGUCUGGGGAAGCAGAACACCAGGUUCCUCACAUCAGUCAGGAGGAUCAGCAGCAUCAAGCGGGACUCCAACGCACUGGGACGAGACAUCAAGGCCAGAGGGGAGUCCAUUUAUAAAAAGCUGGAAAAAAUGGGGAAGCUGAGCAAGGAGCUGGAGGAAGACCACGGAGUUACAUCAGCUUUGGCUCGCAUGGUGCGCUCGCAGUAUGUGUCUUUGACCAGCGCCUUCCACAGUGCCAUGUCUGAAUACAAUGAGGCUGAAAUGGCGCAAAGGGAGAAUUGCAAAACCCGCAUCCAGAGGCAAGCAGAGAUCAUGGGCAAGGAGGUAACCAGGGAGCAGAUAGACGAGAUGACUGAGACGGGCAAGUGGAACGUCUUCUCGGAUAAUCUCCUGCUGGAAGGGAGGACUGCCAGAUCUGCUCUCAACGAGAUUGAGAACAGGCACAAGGAGCUGCUGGAGCUGGAGGGCCGCAUUAGGGACAUUCAUGACCUUUUUUUCCAGAUGGCGAUGCUGGUGGAGCAGCAGGGCUGCAUGCUGGACAACAUAGAAGCAAAUGUAGGGGCAACAGAGGACUAUGUAGCCAAAGCUUCAGCGCAGAUCAAGCAGGCUGUGAAAUACAAGAAAAGCAAUCCAUGCAAGAAGCUGUUUUGUUGUUGUUUCCCAUGCUGUAAAUGAGGCGCCACCAGUUCCCGCCCCCUACCAGAACAUUUGAUUCAAAUCCGCUUUCUCUGCAAAUGUUUCCACAUGAAAGCUUUUUGCUGCUCUAGAUGUGUCCAGAUAUCACAUUCUGGUAUCAUUUUCUUUAUUGAGUUGAUACCAACUAGUCAGAGUGAUUCAAACCACAUGCACAUAUGCAAAUAUAUACAGUGCGAUGAUGGUAGUUACAUUUCCUGAUUGCUACUGAGAACAGCUUAUGCAUACAUGACUGCUGUAAAAACAUCGAAAUUAUUAUUUCAUGUGACUUGCAGCUUUGUUUAGCUUUUAGCUUUGUACAGUCUGCAAUAUUUAAGCCCAUAAAGUAUGAUUUUAUUUAUAAAUAAAUGCCUUGGAGUGGCUAUAUUUGGACAACUUGAAUGUGCAUCUACAGCUAAGCUUGGAACCGGUACUUGCUAUAGACGUGUUUCUUAUUGCAACCAUUGCUUCACAAGUGUGUAGAAACACUGAUCACAGCUCAACCAGCAAUUGUGGUUAGCUGGGGAGGCAAGUUAGAUUUGUGAGGAUUGUGCAACUAUAUGUUAACCACCCCCAUGUAUAUCAUCACCAGCUACAAGCCAAGGCUGUGCUUUUCCUCCACGUGUUGCUUCACAUAAAAAAACACAAACACACAAA